AGGCCGGAGUCUAUCGACACGAUACUGUACAUGUAUUUGCACGUUUGACCAUUGCGAAAUUGUUUGCCCGGCAGACACGUUCUACUAUUGUUCACGGCAUUGACCUCUUAUAGGCCGAUAUGUUCGUAGUACACUUUACACUUAGUUCAUGGGUGAUAUAGCUAGUAUAUUUACCGUAUGCAUGCACCGGGUCAUGCUACGGCAGACGGAUCGCUGUGUCAUUUGUCUUAGAACGAAAAGCUGAGGUUUGUCUCUCGAGCAAGCUAGCAUUCAACCAUCGUAGAGUAUCAUCCGGCCGUUCAAUCCAGAAAUGGCGUACAAUCUUAGCUCAACCGAGGUGACCCAGUUCCUUGAGUGCGUCCUGCAGAUACAGUCACCAAUGGAAAGUUUGGCCAGAGAUCGGGUCAGCUUCCUGCGUGACCUCAUCGCUGCCUUCCUGUCCAAGAUUCCCUACCAGAGUGUGACGUCGAUCGCCACGCCCAAACCAGAAAGACGCAGGUUGACCUUCCAAGAGAUCAAGUUCGACAUGAUGACUCGGAGGGGUGGUCUGUGCUACGAGAUGAACUCCUUCAUGAAGUUGCUCUUGGAGAAGCUAGGAUUCGAGGUUUACCACAUUGGAUGCACCAGCUUCGGAAAAACGAACAAUCAUCUGGCAAUAGUGGUCAAGAAUCUAAGUCGACCGGGCGACCUGCAUCUGGUAGACGUUGGCUGCGGGCAUCCCACGUUUGAACUAGUCCCACUGGACUUUGAUAAGGAAUCUCCCUUGUACAAGACAAGCUUUCUGGUUCAUAAGUUCGUGAAGGAUGCCGAUGGCAGCUUCCGAUGGAUGCACAAAUCGUACCGGGACUUCGACGGCCCAUCGGUAAUUGUCGUCGACGGUUGGUACAUGUUCAUGAAGUUCAAAUUGGAGUUCCGGGAUAUCGAGUUCUUUUUCCCCCACAUGGAGAUCGUCCAUACUGUGGAGAUCGGCCCCGAGGCCUUGUCAAUCAUGUUGGUCCAAUUGAAGGCAGUAGACUACCGCAACGGGAAGCUACUUGCCAUCACCGGCACGUCCAACUUGGAGGAAGACGCCAGCGGUAAGGUCAACAAGAAGCGCAUAACGUCCCCUCAAGAGUUGCUGGAGGCGUACAGGGUCCACUUUCCACAGUUUCCCGUGGAGACUGUACAACAGGCCAUACAGACUGUCAACCUCAAAUUUGAAAAAUAACUUGGUGAAUCAAGUUUCGGACUUGUUACAACGUUAACACAUAUCAAUACAAAUGAAUACAGUUAAUCUGUUUAUUUACUUACAAGCUUACAAGGUUCACUUUCCGCAGUUUCCGGUAGAGACUGUACAGCAGGCUAAACAGCAGGUCACUCUCAAAUUUCAAAAAUAGUUCUGGAAACUGAGUUCAUAACAUCGAUUAAAACAGGUGUGCAGUCAGAGUUUAAAAUUGGAUUGAAAUGCAAUGUCUGAGUUUAUAUUAUUUAUCCAUGAUUAUUUCUCCUGCCACGCGCCAUCUAAUUUAUAAAUACUACAUUCUUUAUUACUUCGCGGGAAAACUUUUGGUCAUAAUUAUUCUGUUCUGAUAAAGGAGUCUAUUAAUCACCUCAAAAAUUCUUGGUUGGUGCUCUCGCAACGUAAAUAUGUCCCGGUUAGUUUUACACCACCCAGCCAUAUGGUUGCGAAGGGCGAUUUCCAAAGGUUACGUAACACUUUAUUUUGAAUGAAACUACAUGUACACAGACAUGUUGACGUUGGCGAGUGAAAUAUUUGUAAAUUAACUUCUCCCGUUUGAAAGACCGUAUCUUAUUGCAACUUUCAGGAUUUAUUUCCCCUAUAAUGAUCCAAGUAUGUGCUAAAAGUCGUUGUGAUAUGUUUAUUACUUUUCGUUGAAAUUGGAAAAAAAGGCCUCUUCGAAAUUCCUUGGAGAUGGUUGCAGGUUUAACACUAGCGUCCGCAACAACAGAUUUCGCUGAAUUUCGGAAUAUACU